GAUGACCAGAGACUGCGGACACAGUACAGGAGAUGACCAGAGACUGCAGACAGUACAGGAGAUGACCAGAGACUGCGGACACAGUACAGGGGAUGACCAGAGACUGCGGACACAGUACAGGGAUGACCAGAGACUGCGGACAUAGUACAGGGGAUGACCAGAGACUGCGGACACAGUACAGGGAGAUGACCAGAGACUGCGGACAUAGUACAGGGGAGAUGACCAGAGACUGCGGACAGUACAGGAGAUGACCAGAGACUGCGGACACAGUACAGGAGAUGACCAGAGACUGCGGACAGUACAGGAGAUGACCAGAGACUGCGGACAUAGUACAGGAGAUGACCAGAGACUGCAGACA